CGGACCACUCACAUCGCCUACACUGUCAACGACCUCUCGAACUUGCUGGUUGUGCUGAACUCGGCCACAACUUUUCUUGUAUAUUUCAUCUUCUCUGAGAAGUAUCGACAAACGUUCAUCUUCAUAAUAAAAAAUGGUUGUUGUGCCUCGAUUUCCGACUACAACACCUAUACUGCGAUGUCACGAACAGCUUCGAUGCGAGUAAACAACAGCACAGGCGAUCUGCAACGGGCAGGCAGUAAACUCAGCACAAGCAGCCGUAACUCGGAUGUGUUGAUGAAACCGCUGUUUAUGCAAAAGGAAGGCAAUCGCUUUCCCUUGAAACACAACAGCCGAAAUAGCAAAUGCAUGGACGACAUACGGUUACCUCGACUGCCGACGGAGAAGCGGAAGAAAAAGCAC